CCGCCCCGCCAAGGUCAGAAAGGCCGCGGGAGGCGCAGCCCGACGAUCCGCUGCGUCUCCACCCGACACCCUCCGCCCCACCCCACCCCCCAAAAAAUACCUCAGGAAGCGCGCGGGCCAGAAAGCUGCGUAGUCGCCGGCCGCUGCGGCAGAAGCAUCCGGGGGAGGCAGGGCUGGUUUCCGCCGUUCAGCGGCGCUUUCUCGCUUUUGCAGCCGCCGCCGCCGCCGCCUCCCCUCUUGUCUCCCCGUUGCCACCAUGACGGCAGAGUUUGUUCAGCCGCCUUCUCCCGCCCGGUGCCUUUUGUUCCUUACCGUAGCUGUAGGGGGGAUGAGAACGGAGCUUUCCUUCGUUGCGGCAGGGGAUGCAGCUCCGCCGAGCAAAAUAGCUGUGGUGGGAGCUGGAAUUGGCGGCUCAUCAGUGGCUUAUUUCCUGCAGCAGCAGUUUGGGCCGCAGGUACAGCUGGAUGUAUAUGAAAAGGCUGUGGUGGGAGGUCGCCUGGCCACAGUUACAGUCAACAAGCAGUCCUACGAAAGUGGAGGGGCCUUCUUCCAUUCUCUCAACUUACACAUGGAGGACUUUGUGCAGCAAUUGGGACUGAAACACCGCCGAGAAGUGGCAGGAAAGAGUGCCAUCUUCACUGGGGAACAAUUUGUCCUUGAGGAGACAGACUGGUACCUACUCAACCUUUUUCGGCUCUGGUGGCAUUAUGGCAUGAGCUUUCUGCGUCUACAAAUGUGGGUAGAAGAAGUAAUGGAGAAGUUCAUGAGAAUUUACAAGUAUCAGGCCCAUGGCUAUGCAUUUUCUCAUCUUGAGGAGCUCUUGCGUUCACUGGGGGGUGACACCUUUGUCAACAUGACGCAACGCUCUGUGGUGGAGUCCCUGCUGGAGGUGGGUGUCACACAACGCUUCAUCGAUGACGUCAUCAUGGCCAUCCUCCGGGCCAACUAUGGCCAGUCAGUACUGGUGCCUGCAUUUGCAGGGGCCAUGUUGCUAGCAGGAGCACAGGGCAACCGAUGGGCAGUCGAAGGCGGCAACAAGCUGGUGUGCUCAGGCUUGCUGAAGCUAACCAAAGCCAACAUAAUCCAUGCCAGGGUGACAGCUAUCUCUCUGCACAGUUCAGAAGGAAAACCCCUCUACCAAGUGCACUAUGAAAAUGAAGACGGUCCAGGUUCCAACUUCUAUGACAUAGUGGUCAUUGCCACUCAAUUACAUGAUAGCAAGAACAAUAUCACCUUUCAGAAUUUUGAUCCACCUAUUGCUGAGUUUCCUGGAACUUUUCACAUCACCGUCACCUCCAUUGUUCAUGGCUACCUCAACUCCUCAUACUUUGGCUUCCCGGAUCCCAAGCUUUUUCCUUUUGCCAGUGUCCUCACCACAGAAGCUCCGGGCCUCUUCUUCAAUUCCAUGGAUAACAUUUGCCCCGUCAACUUAUCUAAUAACUUCAAGCGGAAGCAGCCCCAGGAAGCUGCUGUGUGGCGAGUCCACUCUCAGUAUCCUUUGGAGAAGCAAGAGUUGAAGAUGCUGUUCCGUUCUUAUUAUUCUGUUCAGGUGACGGAAUGGCAGGUCUGUCCUGAUUACGGAUCAGUCAAGAACCUCCCACCUAUUAUCCUGCAUGACAGCCUCUUCUACCUCAACACCAUGGAGUGGGCAGCCAGCUCCAUGGAAAUGUCUGCUGUGGCAGCCAGAAAUGUGGCUCUCUUAGCCUACAAUCGGUGGAAUCAUGAUGUAGAGAAAAUAGACCAGAAAGACUUAAUGCACAAAUUGAAGACUGAGCUGUGAACUUAGCACCGUGAGACAAGAUUUUAUUGCAGGCAGAGUGAGAGGGGAUAUUUGAGGCUACUAAGUGCCAUUCCUUGACUUGCUGUGUUCCAGUUAUAUUGGAUUGCAGCAUUCAGAAUUCCCAAUCAGUCUAGUAAGAGAUGCUGAGAUUUGCAGUCCCACCCAUCCCCCAAAUCCUCUAAGUUAAGGAAUGUACUGCAAAUUUAAUAGAAGUAAAGCAGAGCACUGGCAAAUCUGUGACUUUAUACGUUCAAUCAGAGUCAUGGCAAUCUCUUUAGCAUAGCAUCACUCUUUCAGAGAGCCUGUAAAUUAAUGCCUCUUCCUAGUUGUUCAGGAUUCCUUGGUAAUCAUGGAAGAGGAUUGAAACUGAAUAGUGUCAAAUCCCAUUUGACUUUUUACUUUACCUGCUGAAUCAUAUUCAUAAAGCCCAAUUGUGUAUAUUACCAAACAGGCUACAACUUUGGAUUCAAACUUCCUUCUUGGGUCUUCCUCUGCAGCCUUCCCAAAUAAUUUAUACUGGACUGGACCUUCUUCUUGUACUUCAUCCCUAAAGCUAAAAGAAAUGGCACGUGUAGGAUCAUAAGAACUUUUAUGAUUUCUUGGUUUUCCUGGCAUCCCAAGCACUGUAUUCCCUUAUGUUUAUUACAAAGCCCUAUGGAUUUAGAUCAAAUGAUGGUGAAGCAAAGGACCUUGUGUUGGAAUGUUUCCUGCGAGAAAAGCUAAGCAGCUUAAUGAAUCAUAUAACUUUUUACCUACUAUCCAGAUAAACAUACAUGCACAAUUAAUGGUUGAUCUGAAGUUGUCUUGCCAGCCAUCCCACGGGCCUUUUUCCUGGAAAUAAAUUAAGGAAUUCUUUCCUCUGGCAUUUGAUUUUUUUUUAAAAAAAAUCCUUGUUGCCUAAACCAGGUGAAACCACCGAACUAACAUUCUGGUAUUUUCCUGAGUAGAUUCCACAGUACCCUACUGGUCAGGCUGCUCCAGUAAACCUU